GAGAGAGAGAGAGAGAGAGGGAACAGUGGAAAUUUCGGAGGAGGUAUAUACCGUUGGACAUGGAGAAUCUUUAGAGAACCCUUUUCCCUACUCUCUGAAACUAAUCCUCAAUUUCAAAACCCUAAACCCUAAUGUUCUAGAGAUUCUUUAACAAAGAUGCUUAGAAUAUAGCAUGCGGAGGAAGAAGAUAAUCAUUACCCCACUCCCCUUUGUAUUGAUGCGAACGUCUCGUUUUCUCACUCGCUUUCGCGACUAUUCUACCUGCAGCUCCCAAUAUAGCUCCACACACCUCGCUCUGUCCAAAGUCUCUGAAAUAUACGAUUCAUUAGAACCUCCGAAGAAGAAACCCACCGAGUAUUAUGGGUAUUUGCAUACUCAAUUCACUGGAGGUCAUAGGUUUUUCAAGUCUCCAAUCGCAUUGCAAGGUUUUGUUUCCGCGAAUUGUUCACGACGGGUCAAUUCGUUAGCUUCGAUUUCUUUAGAUUCUAAUCAUCAUUACUCCUUCCACCGCAGUUUUUUCACUAGAACCAAGAAAAUAAAGGCUAUAGAUGUUGAUGAUCAUGGACAGAGAGCCGUCACGACUGCAUUGUGGUGCAACUUUCUUGUCUUUUCACUCAAGUUUGGGGUCUGGUUAACUAGCUCAAGCCAUGUCAUGCUGGCUGAAGUUGUGCAUUCAGUUGCUGAUUUUGCAAAUCAGGCACUUCUUGCAUAUGGGUUGAGCAGUUCAAGACGUGCCCCAGAUGCUCUCCAUCCUUAUGGUUAUUCCAAAGAGAGAUUUGUUUGGUCAUUAAUAUCUGCUGUGGGUAUCUUUUGUCUUGGUUCUGGUGCCACAAUCGUUCAUGGGAUUCAAAACUUGUGGACUUCACAGCCCCCUGAAAAUAUGCAGUAUGCAGCAUUGGUGAUUGGUGGCUCAUUCCUUAUUGAAGGUGCUUCUCUUGUUGUGGCCAUACAUGCUGUCAGAAAAGGUGCAGCUGCGGAAGGAAUGAAAUUCAGUGACUAUGUCUGGCGUGGUCAUGAUCCCACAGCUGUUGCAGUCAUGACAGAGGACGGUGCUGCAGUCACUGGCCUUGUCAUUGCUGGUGCAUCAUUGGUUGCCGUGAAUACGACAGGGAAUGCAAUUUAUGAUCCUGUUGGGUCCAUUAUAGUGGGAAACCUUCUUGGAUUGGUUGCUAUAUUUCUUAUUCAAAGGAAUCGGCAUGCUUUGAUUGGUAGAGCAAUUGAUGAUCAUGAUAUGGAAAAGGUUCUUCAGUUUUUGAAAAAUGAUGCGGUUGUGGAUGCUGUAUAUGAUUGCAAAAGUGAGGUGAUUGGGCCUGGUUUUUUCAGAUUUAAAGCAGAAAUAGAUUUCAAUGGUGUGGUGUUGGUGCAGAAUUAUAUAAACAGAACUGGUCGUGAAGGGUGGGCUAGACAGGUUACGAUUGCAAUCUCUCUUUUUUUUUUUGGCUUUAUAUUCAUUGUUAUUUUUUGGGUUUUCCUACCACAACUUCACUGCCUCUUACUUUCAAAUAUGAUACCUCAAGCUGUCUGCGUUUUCAGGCAAACAGCCACACCAAUACAUACAAUUUUUUUUUUCCGGUCCUUUUUUCUUCUUCCCUUCAUCUUCGCCUUGGGUAAUGGGCUUAAUGGCAUAUAUGAAGCCGCCUCUUAAUCACAUCUGAUAAGUCCUACCAGUAGUUAAUUUGUGCUCGUUUUAGAGGCAGUGCUGCCCUCACCAUGAUUCUUCGAAGUUUUGAUCUUCUACAUGUGAGUCAUCUCAAAUCUACACAUGAAAAAUUACCUAGCUCAGUUGUGAUAGAUGAAAAGUGGAUCUCAUGUGGCCUGAUCGAACAUGAAGAAGCACAGAAAAGGGGGAGGUUGGGUUGGCAGAUGGACUUCAGAAGUGACUACAUUUAUAAGCACUUUUGGCGUGCCUUACUAUCUCACAUUCAUUGAUUUUUAUGAUAUCAUGUACAGUUCCGAGAAGCAACAAAGGAGAAGGAUGAAUCUGCUCUACUAAAAGUCAUGUCAAAUUAUGGUGAAGAAGUGGUUACUGCUCUAGGAAGUGAAGUUGAUAGGCUAGAGAAGGAAAUCCAGGAAAUUGUUCCUGGCAUUCGGCACGUUGAUAUUGAGGCCCACAAUCCAAUUGGUCCAUCCCCAUGACAUGUGGAUUUUAAUAUGUAAGCAUUAAUUUUGCAUUGUUCUUUUUUUCCCCCCUAAAAUGAAUCAAUUAUUUUCAAAUAUCCAACAGAGAGAUGUCCUAUGCAAGGCUUCCAGGAUGUCACAUGAAACCAAUCUGCAAUGACACGUGUGUAAAUGUUUAUAGUCAGUUUAUAAUUGUUGUUGAUGUAUCAUGUAUGAGUCCUUUAUUUGGUUUUGUUUUUCCUUUUUUUCGGGCAUUGGGAAUGUUAUUGUUUUGCUUUUUCAAAGGAAAUACAGUGCAUGCGUGAGCGCUCAUAUCAGCCAAGAUGGAAGGAACCUUAGCUAGGUUUACCAUUUAGUAGUGAAUGGCCCUCUAGCCAAUCUAAUGUAAAAGCCUCAAUUAUAGAAUGGUACAUG